UGUAUUUUUAUUACAUAUAGAUUAAAAAAACUAUAACUAUAAUCCACAUUAAUAUUAACUUAUAUAAACAUAUUAAGCUGAAAUUCGGUAUACAUAUGUAUUUUUAUUACAUAUAGAUUAAAAAAAACUAUAACUUGUGACGAUGUAAAUAGUCACUCUCAAUUUAAAACCCCAAUAUCGAAAUCGUGGUGCCACCUGUCAGAAGCCAUUGAACAGUGAGUUCGAAAAUUAUGGUAAUGAGGGAAAUCCAAUGCCGCCGGCUGACCCAAUGAAAGUCGUGAAAGUGGGUCGCGCGGCUAGUUAGUAGGAAGAGAAAGUGACAGGUGGCAGGGCCAGUACUGAAAUUCGAGAACGAGAAGAAGAAGACGGGCCAUGUGGAGAGAAAUUUGGACGCUACAGGUGUCCUAUACUUUCGCCGCCAUAAUGGAUUUUUACAUGAGCCGCGCCGGUACGCCAGUACUCUCGCUGUUGUGAAUUUUCAAUUAUAUUUGAGUUAUUAGUGUAUUUUCUUUGAGUUGAGUGUUUGAGAAAGUGGAGCGUGAAGCUCAGGAUUUGUGAAAUAAAUACAAUUAUUUGCAUUGAGCCGGAGUGUUGUUUUAUUCUUAUUGUUUUCUUCUUGAAUUUUCCCUGUGUGCCGAUACCUGGAGACCACUGCCAGUAGAGAGCCGAGAUAGAGAGAAUAAAAAGGGGAAAGGAACCUGAAGAACAAGAGCCGUGGAGCGAACGAGGAGUUACGGCCAGAGAAAGGAGUCGAGGAAGAGAAAGAGAGAAGCCAUGCCCAGGCAACAGAACACCCGAAGCCAGAGGUCACCGAGCCGCCACCGAGUGUCGUCCGAUUUCGUGGGACUCGAAUGGGAAACAUCCCCAUCCCCACCACGAAUCACUCGACAGGGAAGACGUCGAAGUGGUCACCGCCCCGAAUCGGAGUUUCACGAUGGAGACGUCCAAAGGAGUAGACCGUCGCUAUUAUCCUUCCCGAUCAUGGAAACGACAGCAGAGGAGCCGUUGGUGAGUAGGAAGGGUACCGAAAGAAGAAGAGAUGACGAUCGUCCAACAACGGAGAGAGGACAGAGGCCAGAAGAAGAGGAGGGGGCAGCUGGAGGGCAGGUCACGUUCGUGACACGGCCAGAGGACUGGGCAGAGUUGAGUGUGUUGGAGGAGAGGGGAGAGAAGGAGAAGAAGAGGACGAUUCGGCCAGACGGAGCAGAGGUGGUUGUACCUUACCGUUGGCCGGCAAACCAGGGCCCCAAAGAGAGUCUCGAGGCAUACGAAAGCAGAUUAGCCGAAUACGAGCUAGAAAUGUUUUUAAAGUCGAGAGAGCCAAUGACGACGGUAGCGCUGGAAAAAGCCAGGGCCGGACAAAGGAAGGCGCUUCGAGAGAGGAGCGAAAGGCAGUGGAUCGUAGAUGACCUCGAAAGUCAAGAGCCCAUGCCACGGAUGAAGAGGUCAAAUAGCCCCCAUCCAGGACCCCCGACUACAUCAAGCCAGAAGCUAGGAGCCAGACCGGAGGAGUCAGUUCUGAAACCGAAGACUAGGGGAAUAGUCUUUGGUGUCUUAAAGUUGAUUCCGACAGAUAGGUCGAUAGAUCCCCCGCCCUACAGUUGUUUUAACUGCUGGCGAGGGGGACACAACGCCGAAAACUGUCGUCAAUCAAAAAGGUAUGACUAUUGUUGGAACUGCGGCCGACGUUACACCACAGUAGAAAUUUGUCCCAGGUGUGCCAAGGCGUAUGCACGCUACAUGGGAAGGCCAGAGAAAAAGGAGAAGAGGGAGGAGGAAAGGCCAGAGAGAGAGGAGAAGAGGGAGGAGGAAAGGCCAGAGAGAGAGGAGAGGAGGGAGGAAGAAAGACCAGAGAAAGAGGAAAAAGGGGAGGAGGAAAGGUCAGUGAUAGAAAGAAGUAGCGAGGAAAUUGUCGUGAAUGUGAAACCACCACAGCAGGAAGCAGACCCAAUAGAGGGGCAGGAAGUCAAGGAACAGAAAACCGCCGAGGGGAAAGGAAUAGAAGAAGAAAUCCCAGACGACUUGACCCAAAGGAUUAUAACAAUCACAAAGGCACUUGAGGGUUUGCCAGCGGAAACCCUAGACCUAGCCAUAAGACAACUCUUGAGGGAAAGAGAAAGUAGGCUAGAAAGGGGAGCCCGAAAUUAAA